GAGAGAGAGAGAAUACAAUUAUUCGUUUCUCUGACUUUUUGAUGACUUUUUGUGAAUGCAAAUCGCGAAGCAUUAAGAAUCAUAACGGUAAAAAUGAAAUUAUGGAACAAAAUCACUCAGAUUUAACUGGAUCUUUCUCUCUUCCAGGUAAUCUUAAGAUUAAAUUUGCGGCUAAUUCGUCACGAUUCGUACGUCGCUCCGUUAAAUGCCUCGGAAUUUUGGUCGGAAUCAGCGAUUUCCACAGUCUCAAGCAAAGUUACAUAAGAUUACUCACUCCGGUGUAUAGCGUUUGUUUUCUUUUUCCUCGUCUUUGCGUGAGCGACGCUUACCUUCGCGUGUCCGCAACGCUCACAGCAGUGUCCAACCAACCAGUUGUCUCUGUACCUCCGCCGCCCGAGGAGAAUAAAAUGGGAUUUAUUACGUGUAACAAUUGCACAUCUCGUGAUGUUAGGACGUUUUCCGCGCGCUCGCCUCUGGGCUGCCCACCGCGAAUACCAAGAAAUAUGACACCAGAAGGAAGCACAGUUUGCGCAAUCGCGCGACACGCACGCACGCACGGUAUGAUAUGAUGUCGCGCGUUCAAACUUGGCCGUUGGCUUCGCAAGUUUCAAAUAUACGCUAUUCCCUGUGUUAAUUGCGAUUAAUUAGCCACACAAAGUCGACAAAGUCUCUUCCGUUUCCGAUAAUAAUACCGCGUCACCAAUGUUUACCAUUGGCGGCCCCUCUCGAAAGAAGAGGGGGCAAGUCAAGGAAGCCGAGCUUCGAACGUAACGUCAGAGUCAGAGUAACGUAGAAUUUACGUAGAAUACGUGCAUAGUGUGAGCUAAAAAGAAAAGAAAAAAGAAAAAAAAGAAGAAAAAAGAAAUCAACGAGCGGGCAACGGUUCCCGAUCCCGGGAGUUCUGCAAACGAAAGCCGCAACUCACUCGCGCUGUGUGUCGUAAAUUAUAAAAUCCACACAGACAUACGUACCCCACUUCUGCAAGAUCCAUCGAUCUGUGUCGAGAGUGCUGUGGCAACUGCGGCGAUGACCAAGUGUGUUCGGGCGAAUUAAUCAGGGUCCAGUUACGAAAAGUAACCGCAUGCAAUGUCAGCGACUCACCGGCGCGGCGAUGACGGCGGUGAUGGCGGUGGUGGUGGCAAGCGGCGGCGGUGAUGUCGGCGCUUAUCUGCUACCAUCGUGCACGCUUUCCGCGAUAAAUACCGCUCGGCGUUUCACGCGCGUGUUAUUACUACGUGAGCCGGGGAAGCGGAAGAAAAACGGCGAUACUGCGCCGGCAAUCGGCCGGCAACGCCGUUGUGACGGUCGACGGUCGGUCCCGACUUGCCCAACACCGAAGAAGAGACCGCAGUCCUCCUAACGACGGGAGAGGACAGCCGGACAGCAUGCACGCGACAGGAUCGUCCACCGCCGUCGGUGUGCCGAUUUACUUCCUAUGUGUCAUCUCGUUCGCUGCUGCUUAUCCGACAAUGAGCACCAUCCGAUACCGGCUGAUACCGGAGGAAGCGCCGCCGAGGAAGUGCUGCGCCGCCGGUCACGCGUUCAACGAGGCCCUCGAGUGCGUCCACGUGGGUCCAGACAGGCUCAACUACACCGUGGACGACGGCUGGAGGAGGACAAUACCGCGACAGAGAGAAAUCAUCACGGUGGUGAUCGUGUCCGCUGUGCGAGGGUUGAACUGUCGCGAGGAUCCAAGCCUUCGCAUGACGAACAACUACUUCCUGCGCACCUACUCGGCCGCGUUGCACGCGUUGCACGCGUACUCGAGCAAGUACUGCGUCGAGAAGAUGACGAACGGCACGUCGGUGUUGGCCAAGUGCCCCCCGGACUCCAACGCUGACGAAGACGAGGACGCAGCGGCGGCGGCGGCGGCGUUAAUGCUGUUGACGACCGUGAGGACUAAAUUGAGGGCCACGGUGACGAGCAUCAGCAGGACGGCCACGGUCACGGCCACAGGACGGUCGACGGACGACACAGCAAACUCGUCCUCCGGGAAAGAUAAAGAGAAGAAGAAGGUCGUCUGUCGCGGCCACGGGCUGCGCGCGGUGAUCUUCUGGGGCGCGCAGACGUACAUGGAUACCAACCUGGCGCACGUGGUGCUCUGCAUCAUCGUCGUGACGGUCUAUCUGACCGUGCCGGAGCUGAGCAAGAGCAUAUACAAUCGCGCCGUGUUGCGUCACAACGCCUGCCUGCUGCUGCAAGGCUGCAUCCUGACCUUCCUCGGCUACUGCGACCUGUACGAGUGCUCGAUGACGGUCAGCUCCAUCGUGUUCCUGUGGAUAGUCCUGCAGUACUUCACCAACGCCACCGGCUUCUGGCUCAACGUCAUUUGCUUCGACAUGACUCUGUCCAUCACGAGGUUCCGUUGGAUGGCGGGAUCGGGUCAGCGCAGCAGCCGUGAAGAGAACAGACGGCUUCUUCUCUACGGCGUCUUCGUCUGGGCCGGCGCCCUGAUCCCCGCAGUGGUCGCUCUCGUCCUCGAGUACUGCCCCGGGAUCCCGGAGGACUUCCCGUUGAAGCCGAAUUACCGUCGCUACCGCGACGGCCCGAACGUCGUGGUGAAUCUCUACUUCUUCGGCAUCCCGUUGCUCACGCUUUUCUGGAACAAUGUGCUCUUCGUGUUUACCACCUACAAGAUCAUACGCAUACAGAGGAGCACGGAGAUAGCGACGCAGAGUCAGAACAACGCGCUGCGGAAGAAGUACUUCCUCUUCCUGCAGCUGUACCUGCUCAUGGGCGCACCGUGGUUCUUCGGCUUGCUGCUCGCAUGCCUCAACAAUCUGGUGAUACUCAAGGUGUGCCGGCUGACGCAGCCGAUACUGUGGCUCCUGAUGCUCGCCGGUCACAAAAAACUGCGGCGAAAGCUUACGGACAAACUUGCGCUGCUGCGACAGGCGGAAGGUGGAGGCUAACGCGACCAGCUCAUAAAUUGUGUUACUUGUUCUCAUCUUUCUCCCCGUAGAAGUUCAAGAGGCGGGGAACAAGUGAGAGAGAGAGAGAGAGAGAGAGAGAAUGUGUGUGUGUAAAUGAACGAGGCGACAAUAGGGAUGAAUCAGCGAAAUUCAUCGACAUAUUCAUCGACUCAACGAAGACGGUGGGAGGGGAGGGGGGUUGCCCGUCGUCGUCGUCGUCCGGCACAGAGAGAUUACGUAAUCAAUGAAGAGGAACUCCUCUUGCUCAUUGUUGCGGCUCGCGCAACUGCGCUUUGCGGGCAUUUGCAUUUUUCCUUGCGCAAUCUGACACGCAAACCCGUAGGAAACCCCCGUCGGGGAAAAGAAGAGGAGAAAAAGUACGAGAGACGGCGACGAGGAGCGUCGCCGCAAUAUCCGAUACCGCGGACUUGGCGCGACUCAUCGCGCUCGGAAAAACUCCGAGUUCGUGGGAAUGCAGGACGACGACGGCGACGGCGACGGUGGCAGCGAUGGCGGCGAGGUGUGAGAAGCCUUGGAUAAUAAAGGAGUCGGCGUCUGCCGACGUUUCCUGUCCGGGACGUUUUAAUUACCGUAUUCGCCCGUUUCGCGUUCGUACCGGAUGACGACGACGACGACAGAGGGGCGACGUUCGCUCAUGCUAGUCUCUUUGUACUUCUUUUCUACGACGUGUGGCAUAUUAAGUUGUUAGUGUAUGACGUAGGCGAUAGUGCAAGAGAAGCGCGAGAGUGACUAUUUCGCACGGGAAUUCCGAAAAAUUCACUUAGUGCUUGGCUGAUCUUUCUUUUUACGGACGUAUACGCGGUGAGAAACAGCCGAUGGUAUCAGCGCGCGUAAAUUGAUACAGGAUAUAUCGCUGGAAAAUGUGCGAAAUAUCUCGCUCGUUGUAGACCGUUUUACCGUCGGUAUCGUUCCCAUGCGCCGAUUUUGCGUCGGGUAUUAUGUAGGUAGAGGCUUUAAUCUCGUAGAUAAAUAUGUAAAUAUCGCAGAUAUUACAGAAACCCCGAUAUCUAGUCAACAAGAGAAUAAACAGGUCGAUUAACGAAUGUAAAUAGGACUCGCCGGAAGGAAUUAUCGCGCAACACGGGUGUUGCUCUCUCGAUGGAGCGAAUGCGCGAUCGAGCGAGGGAUCGAUGGACGAAACAACCUACGGCCAACGACUCAUUUAGACAUAUCGACGCGAUGACGCAUUAUAUACGCAGCAUGAUAUACAAAAACCGUAGUUUUCUUUAGAAUUAAUUUACGCCGUCACCAUGACCGUGGACUCGGAGGAAUGUUCCGAUGCGUCGCAUAUCACGUGAGCGUUAAGUACCUCUGGUACGAAUAAAUGUAACACGUACUGAUUUUACGAUAUUUUAUUUUGUAAAUAGAACGAGGGGCCGAAAACAGAGUUCCGUUUUACCAUCGGUAUCGUUCUUUUGUGCGAGAGAACGCAAGAAUUUGCUCGGAUAUAUUUGUCGCGCUGUGAAAUUGCACAUUUCGCGAGAACUCAGGGAAUUUAUCCGCGCGAUAAUACAUUUGCGACAAAAAACAAGACAUUUUUUAGAACAAGAUAUAAAUAAUAAUUAAAGCAUACGUUCAA